GCGGCGGGGAGAGCAGGAGCGCGCAGAGAGCGCGCACGACCGCUUCGUGGAAGGGCCAGAGGCUGUAGAGGCACGCCAUGAAGAAGGGGAAGAGAAGGAGGAAGGGUAGUGGAGUCUGUCCCGUGACCCGAGAUGCUGUCACGUGACUCCAUGGCUGCUGGGAAGGAGAAGACGAGGGAGUAAGGAGGGGAGGCUGCAGGAGUAGGAAGUGGCCCCGGGUGCUUCUGCGGCCUAACUAUGGGGACUGUACUGGACAUCAAGAUCAAAAGAGCCAAUAAAGUGUAUUACGCCGGGGAAGUACUCUCUGGUGUGGUGGUUAUAUCUAGCAAAGAUCCAGUACAGCACCAAGGAAUUUUAUUAACAAUGGAAGGACUGGUGAACCUACAGCUCAGUGCCAAAAGUGUUGGUAUGUUUGAAGCUUUCUGUAACUCUGUUAAGCCUAUCCAAGUUAUUACCAGUUCCGUAGAAAUUGUGAAGCCAGGAAAAUUUCCCAGUGGCAAAACGGAAAUUCCUUUUGAGUUCCCUCUGCAUGUGAAGGGCAACAAAGUUUUGUAUGAGACCUAUCAUGGUGUAUUUGUCAACAUUCAGUAUACCCUCCGGUGUGACCUGAGACGCUCUUUGUUGGCCAAGGACUUGACAAAGAUAUGUGAAUUCAUCAUUCAUUCUACUCCUCAGAAGGGCAAAUCAACUCCAAGUCCUGUGGAUUUUACAAUCACACCUGAAACCUUGCAGAAUGUUAAAGAAAGAGCUUCCCUCCCCAAAUUUCUCAUCAGAGGACAUCUCAACUCAACCAACUGUAUUAUUACCCAGCCAUUAACAGGGGAGCUGGUGGUUGAGUACUCAGAAGCUGCCAUUAAAAACAUAGAGUUGCAGUUGGUACGAGUGGAAACCUGUGGUUGUGCAGAAGGAUAUGCCAGAGAUGCCACAGAGAUUCAGAAUAUUCAAAUUGCUGAUGGUGAUGUUUGCAGGGGCCUUUCUGUUCCCAUAUAUAUGAUAUUCCCUAGACUUUUCACUUGCCCUACCCUUGAAACUACCAAUUUCAAAGUUGAAUUUGAAGUUAAUAUUGUGGUCCUGCUUCAUGAUGAUCACCUCAUCACAGAAAAUUUCCCACUGAAACUCUGCAGAAUUUAAAGAAGAAAGAUAAAAAUUGGGGGAAAUGAAAAGAUCAAGGAGAAUUUCAGAGUUGAUAGACUUACUUGGAGUAAAAGUUUCAAAUAUACACUUGUUUUUCUUUAUUAUUCUGAUAAGAAUGAACUUAAUGCCACAGAAAUUGUAAUUAUAAUUAUGUAUUGUUUUCCUUUUGGCUGCAGUUUCUAGAGCAUAUAGCGUUUUUAGUCACUGGGUUCAGGGCUUUAUUUUCUUUGAUAUUCAAGGAUUUUCUUAGUGUUGAUUAAUAAGAUUACUUAGCAGAAAAAAAAAUGUGUUUGUACUUUGACCUAACUUUUCUUGUCUAAGCAUUACAAUGAAGAGUUUUGUAAUAAUGAUGUUAACAUUGCUAAAAAUUAAUGGAAAAAAAAUUGUGAAGAUCUCUCAGUGCUCUAAGCAACUCUCUAGGUCUAUAAAUUGCAGAGAUGAUACAAAUCAAAGGACAAACAGUCCUUGUUCCUGCCCUGAAGAUCUCCCAGAAUUGCCACCAAGGACUACGUAUAACUCUGGGACAGAGAGUUUGUAGCUCAAAAUAUAUUUCCAAUCAUCAUAAGGGAGCUGAGAAGAACUAGAAUUAAUGCUGGCAAAGUGCUUAAUAAAAGCAUCUCAGAGUCGCUAGAGGGUGGUUAUUGUGUCCUGGCCUUGGCUCUGACAUAGACUAACUCUUACUCUGUGACCCCAGGCAAGUCACUUCACCUUUCAAGGUCCCAGCCAACUCCCUGAAAUUAUAUAUUAGCUAAUCCCCAUUGCUUAACACAGAUUCCACAUCAGGAGACCUACAAAGAUGGUAUCACAGAUUCAGACCCCUCCUUUUUUUACCCUUAAAAAAUUUAUUUAGAGGCAAAGUAGUAUAUUGGGCAAAUAGAAUGAAUGAAGCAUUUAUUAGGUGCUCUGUGAAGUUGUAAAUAAAUGUGACACUUUUGUCACCCUUUUCAGUGUCUUUGUUUCUCAAAGAUCUCUUAAAUAAAGAGGCCAUACUGCC